UGUGCUUCCACUGUUGCAUCCCGGCCGGCCAACUUUUUCUUCUCUUCUCCUUGUUGGCCGUCGACAUCGACGAGCCUAAUCAACAAGUUGACUCCUUCCUUUUUGAUCAUCCCGCAACAACCAGCAUCGCACGUCCGGAAGUUGAUUUAAAAUUGAUUCCUCGCUAACCCAUAUAACCACCACAACCCACUCUGUCCUUCUCAUCAGAAUCCAGAGUCCAGACGCGAGAACUCACACCGACGGACAUGGGGAACUGCCAGGCGGCGGACGCGGCGGCCGUGGUGAUCCAGCACCCGGGCGAUGGCAAGGUGGAGCGCCUCCACUGGCCGACCACCGCGGCGGACGUCAUGCGCAGGAACCCCGGCCACUACGUCGCCCUCGUCGUCCUGCACCACGCCGACGCCGAGUCCGGCCCCGCCGCCGCCGGAGAAAGAGGAGGUGCCAGGAUAACCAAGAUCAAGCUCCUCAAGCCAAGGGACACGCUCCUCCUCGGCCAGGUCUACCGCCUCAUCACCUCCCAAGAGGUGACCAAGGCCGUGCAGACGAGGAAGCAGGAGAGGAUGCGUGGCUGCGACGAGGCCGUCGAGCGGGGGCGGCCGCGGUUGCACCGGCGACGGCAACUGCCGAGGCCGAGGGGCGACGACCCAACCACGGCCACCAGAGGCGAACAGAGGCAGCCCGCCGAUCAUCAGGAACGGAAGCGGCUGGAGACGGACCGGCAACACCGGAGCAUCGCCGCCGCCCGCGGCAGAGGACGGCACUGGCGACCGGCGUUGCAGAGCAUUACAGAGUCAUCGUGGAGCGGACAGACAGACUGCGAGGAUACAUGUAAAGAGACUCUACAUGUAAACGAACUAGAGUAGAAAAGUAGAAGAAGGUUUUCGGGGAGCUAGAAAUGUAUACAUACAUUAGGCAAACUUGGUACAUUUUCAGUGAAGUCUGCAUAUAACAUGGCUUUUGAGGAGUCACUUGCUGAAAGCUAAUAUGGGGAACAAA